UUGUUUACAAAAGAACGAAGCAAGCGUGCGAUGUUUUCGUGAGUAAGCGCGUUUCCUGAAGAAAUUUAUUUUUACCUCUAACUUAUUAAACUUAUAAAAAUGGCAAUGAUGACUCAUAAAAAAAAAGAAACAAGAUGAAUCUUCGAUGUAUGCAAACGUCACAAAAGUAUAAUAAACGCCUAGUCACGAUUGUUCUAUGUCUUUCAUGCGUUUGCACAAUAUUCUGCACACUUAGUCUUGUUUAUUUAAUUGCUGAAGUUGACAAAAAUCUUAGCAGGCUUGAAGAUUGCAGUUUUAAUCAUAGCAACAGCAUUUGCUCUUGUUACAUCACCAAUAGCGAAGAUAAGCAGCUGUUUCGUUUUUCAGACGAUUGUCAGUCCGUAAAAAAAGAUCUUCGCAGUCUUGUUUACGGCGUAUGUGUAUUGUUUGGAAUAGGAUGCAUUAUAUCAAUUACUUCAGGAAUUUCGUCGUUUUGUUUGCUUUUUAAACAAGAGUCGCAAGAUGAGAUUGUCGAAGAAUGCGCAUCACCGGUAACACAAACUUGCGUAAGAUCUUUAGCAUCUCGAUCUAUAUUUAAUAGAACAAUAUUUCAAAAACAAACAGAACUUAAUCGAAUCUCUAUUGGAACUCAGACACCAAAUUUUUUGAUUUCAGGCUCACAUAUGGUUUAUAAUUCUUCGGUUGAUACACUGAGUAUAGAUUUUUUAAUGCACGAUUACGUGCCCCCUCCUUCUUAUAAUGAUAUUGUACAGACGAUUUCUCCUUGCUAAAUUUCUAAAUAUUAUUAUUUAUCAUUA